CAUUUGACCGAAAGCUAAGUUAUUUAUAUCUAAAGGAACAAGGAUCAAAUUUCACAAUUAAAAGAUUCUUUUUUCUCCUUUCGUUAAUGGUAAAUCAAUGUUCUAGAUAUCCUAAAUCACCACACACAAUAUAUAAUUUACAAACAUGCAUUUAACAUGAAUACAUUAAGUAUAAAAAAUUGCCAACCGUAGAAUAACAAUUACAAAUCGAAUAUAUACAAUAGAUGGCAGCAGGAAUAUAAUGUAGAAGUACGCACGUCCUCCCAAUUAUCAAGAAACUUAACACCUUUGACAAGCAAAUGUUGUCUUCUAUAAAUAUUAUUAUUACUCCAUUUAUUUCGUCUGUCAUUUGCAAAACAACUAAGGAAAAAUUUGAGGACAAUUAAUGAAAAUGAAGUUGUUCUUCUAUAUUUUCGUGCUGUUAAGUGCCUUCAUUAUUGGUAGAGGUGCAAUGGCAGAUCAUGAGCAGCCACACAAUGUGAAUGGUAUAUUUCCUGCAGUAUUUGUGUUCGGAGACUCUUUAGUUGAUACUGGCAACAACAAUUGGUUCCCAACGUUAGCCAAAGGGAAUAUGCCACAACAUGGAAAGAACUUUGAAGGGGGAAAGGCAACUGGAAGAUUUUGUGAUGGAAAAAUUCCCUCAGACAUUCUUGUGGAAGAAUUGGGAAUAAAAGAGUUGUUGCCUCCAUAUCUUGAUCCAACAUUAGAAGCUAAGGAUCUCAUAACAGGAGUUAGCUUUGCUUCAGCAGCUUCAGGAUAUGAUCCACAAACUGGUGCUUUCUUGGUAUAUUUAUAUAUUUUUCAUUUCCCUAUCUUAUAUAGAGUCCGGAGCCUGUCUCCUUCACGAUGUUGCCCUAUAGGCUCCGGACUCAUCUUUUAUAUAUAUACAUUGUAUAAAAUGUUUUUCAUUAUUGAUCAUUAUUAUUUUGUGAUGAAAAUGCAGCCAGUUCUACCACUUCAAAAACAGUUAGAAUUGUUUAAGGAAUAUAUUGGUAAAAUUAAAGGUAUUGCUGGAGAAACAAGAGCCUUAGAAAUAGUGAAGGAGAGCCUUUAUGUAGUAGCCACGGGGAACAAUGACAUUCAAUUGAAUCCUUCUUCCUCUCUAAAUCCAUCAUACAUCGAUAUCAUGCUCAACUUUGCUUCCACUUUCUUGCAGGUAAUAAUUUCAAUUCACAUGCACCCUACUACUUUUAAUUCUUUAUAUAUAGUUGAAUCAACGGCAGGGAGCUAUUGCUUUGAUCUAAAUAAGUUGGGGGCACGUAAGAUUGGUGUAGCUGGUGUAUUAGCAAUGGGAUGCCUGCCAGUUAUCAGAAAUACUCUAGGAGGAAUUGAAAGAAAUUGUGUAGAUUCUGUCAAUGAGAAAGUAUACAUGUUCAACAACAAGCUCUCUACUGAGAUAAACUCUCUUAGUAACAAAUUUCCAGAUGCCAAAAUGGUUUACAUUGACGUUUACAAUAUCAUGCUUGAUCUACUCAACAACCCUACAAAAUAUGGUUAUAAGAUAACGAAAAAUGGGUGCUGCGCUUUUCUUGGAAGAGUAGAUUUGCUAGCUUAUUGCCCCAUUGCAUGUUCAAAUGAUUAUGACUACCUUUUUUGGGAUGGUUACCACUUCACAGAGAGGAAUUAUAGAAUCGUGGUCAAACAAAUACUCCAGCAGCAUCUUCAAACCUUCAUAUCUUCACCAAAUUCACCAUAAACAUUCAUUCCUAUAUGUUCAUAUAUACACACACGAGCACUGUUUGCACUUUCCUCUAUUGUUAGAUUUUUCUUUUGAGGUUCCUUCCUGGCAUUAUUGUUUUACCACACGUUCCACGUUGGUGAAAAUGGCGUUGCCGGAUCUGGGAGCUACCGGAGCCAUUCUAACAAUUUUGCUGCUGAUUAUUUUCCAAUCGAUUACUAUGAGUGAGCUACUUUUACAAAGAGAAAUAUGUGAAAUUGCAUAAGGUAGCCACUUUUACGAUCGUUUAUUUGAGAUUUAGCCAUUAUUUAAGAAGUGAUCAAAUGUUGUUUGAUUUAUUGUCUUGUGUCUCAAAUUUGCCUUGGUGCUCGAUUAAUUUGAAUUUGUGUGUGUAAGCAUAAGGCUCGAAAAUAGGAAUUAUGAUAAUAACAGAAUAACUAUUACCAACCUAUGAGAUCUACGAACCUAAAAAUCAAAUCGAUACUCCCUCCGUUCCAUUUUACGUGACAUAGUUUGACCGUGCAUGAAAUUUAAGAAACAAGGAAAGGCUUGGUGUUUACGAAAUAAGAAUUCGGACUUCCAAAAGAUCCCGGUAGCGAAAA